AGCGAAUACGAGAAACUUGCGGAUGAAUACAUUUUAAGUACUAUAAAUUAAGUUUCUUUAGAAUACAUCGAAAGCCAAGCCACGAGUUUCCAAGACGCCCACUCUCGUAUUAUCUCGCAUUAUUCCUUUCGUUUCUUUCAAUAAUCAUUUUUAGUCGGCUUCUAAAUACCUCGGUUCAUAAUACCAUGGUUAUUCAUUCAAUGAACAGAAACAUAAAAACCCUUGACCAUCUCUCGUUUAGGCUUGAACUUAUAAAAGAACUUCUGGAAAUCCAUGGAAAAUCAAUUCAAUCCCCUCAAUCGGGAAGACUAUCAAAAACUCCAGCCUCUGAAAGACUGACAGCGAGAUACUUUAUAGAAAAGAUGCCAUCGACAAAGAAAAAAGCAACUAAAAGGUGUGUAGUGUGUCGCAAAAGAUUGCAAAAGAGAAAAGACAACAUUUUGGUGCAAAGACUGUGGUGUAGGGUCGUGCUUCAAUGACCGUUUCAAGAUUUACCACACUGAAGCCAGAUUUUAGGAUCAGGAACAUGGAUCAUCAGCAGCCCGGUCGGAAGCAGGCGGCGACCUCGCCGGAAGUGGCGAUCGCCAACGACGUGUUCGACCAAUUCUGCAACGCAACCACGCUCAAGUCCAUUCUUGGACACUUCAGGCAUCUCUGCGAGCUGCUAAAGAUCCGACCGAACGCGAUCAGUCAAUUCUAUCCAAAAUUGAAAGGGAAGCUGCGGUCGUGGAAAGCCCAGGCUCUCUGGAAAAAGUUCGAUCAGAGGGCCAAUCACAAGUGUUACAACCGCGGAAAAGCAUGCCCCAACACAAGGGUUUUAAUUAUCGGAGGUGGUCCUUGCGGGCUUCGUUCAGCGAUAGAAGCGCAAUUAUUAGGAGCGAAAGUUGUUGUCGUAGAGAAAAGAGAUCGAAUGUCCAGAAACAAUGUUCUCCAUCUUUGGCCGUUCGUUAUUCAAGACCUCCGAGGACUGGGGGCGAAGAAAUUCUUCGGGAAAUUCUGCGCUGGUUCUAUCGAUCAUAUCAGCAUCCGGCAGUUACAGUGUAUUUUAUUAAAAGUCGCUUUGAUCCUGGGCGUUGAGUUCCACGAGAACGUAAGCUUCGAUUCUUUGAUACCACCACCGGAGAACCAGGAAGAAGGCAAAAUCGGAUGGAGAGCGAAAACAACACCCGCGGAUCAUCCAGUCUCUCAAUACGAGUUCGACGUGUUGAUCGGCGCCGAUGGUAAACGAAACACCUUGGAAGGAUUCAAGCGCAAAGAGUUCCGGGGGAAGUUGGCCAUCGCCAUAACAGCGAAUUUCAUAAAUAAACGCACCGAGGCCGAGGCGCGGGUGGAGGAGAUCAGCGGUGUCGCGUUUAUCUUCAAUCAAAAGUUCUUCAAGGAAUUGUACCACGAGACGGGCAUCGACCUCGAAAACAUCGUCUAUUACAAAGACGACACACACUACUUCGUGAUGACUGCCAAGAAGCACAGCCUGAUCGACAAGGGGGUUAUUCUACAGGACCACGCAGACACUGCCAAGCUGCUCGCCAAAGAGAAUGUGGAUCGCGAGGCAUUGAUGCUUUACGCUCGAGAAGCGGCCGAAUUCUCCACGGAAUACCAGAUGAUGGAUAUGGAAUUCGCAGUGAAUCAUUACGGGCAACCGGACGUGGCUAUGUUCGAUUUCACGUCUAUGUACGCGGCGGAGAAUGCCAGUCGGGUUUUGGAGCGUCGCGGUCAUAGAUUGCUUAUGAUCCUUGUCGGCGACAGCCUACUCGAGCCGUUUUGGCCGACGGGUUCCGGUUGCGCGAGAGGAUUUUUGAGCUCUUUAGACGCUUGCUGGGCGAUCAAGCAAUGGGGCGCCUCGAUAUCGCCGUUAGAAGUAAUCGCAGAGCGAGAAUCGAUAUACAGAUUACUUGGACAAACCACGCCGGAAAAUUUGAACAGAGAUUACGCCGCGUACACGCUGGAUCCUCACACCAGAUACCCAAAUCUGAAUGUAUCCUCUGUAACUCCAAUGCAAGUACGAAGUCUCCUCGAUACAGAUGAUCCCGACAGCAUCAAACAGCCUCCUGUGCAAUCUGACGUCGAUAUCCCUAAAAAACGUCGCAGACGCGAUCUCCGUGGCGAAUCUCAAGUCCAUCCAGAUACGUUGCUUCGCUGGCUGCAAAGGCAGGUUGCUCUAUACGAUUCGGUUCAAAUUGAAGAUAUGGGCGCCUCCUUCAAAAAUGGUCUGGCUAUUUGUGCGAUCAUUCACAAAUAUCGUCCAGAUCUGAUAGAUUUUCACAGUAUGCAACCGGAGGAUGUUGCGAAGAACAAUCAACUGGCCUUCGACAUAUUGGAGAAAGAGUUGGGCAUACCUCCGAUAAUGACGGGAGAAGAGAUGGCCGAAUGCGAGAUUCCUGACAAACUUGCAAUGUUUUCGUAUUUGACGCAAAUAUACGAUGUUUUCCGCGGUGAAAUUCCAUACAUUAGACAUCCGAAAUUAGAACCCGAAAACGAAGAAAGGCCUGCGCACAGUAAACAAUUGAGCCAAUUAACGGCUGACCAAAAAGUUCAUUUGCUCGACCGUAUCGUCAGGCAAGAGAGCUCAACGAGAACGAGACACUCACGAUCGCGACAUAACGAAAAUUUAUACCCCGCGGAUAAGAAGGGGGACACGAUUAGUCGACGUUCUCGAAAGAGACGCAGCACGGAGAAGAUGGGCGCGACAGUGGAGGAAAGACAGAAGAAACUCAGCGAAAUAGAACAGAAUCGUGCAGAACGUAUGAGAAGGCGGCAGUAUUUGCGAAAGAUGGCGACGCAGCAAUUCUACAAAAGUAUGCAGAUGCUGCAGGCGAAUGCGAAACGCGAGAAAGACGAGCCGUUCGAAGAUUAUUCGAUAUUCUUGUAUCGCCAAACAGCAGCGGAUUUCAAGGAUAGAGUGAAAUAUCUAGAACAGAAAAUAUUAUACCCAGAUAGAGAACCUAAGAUACAUGCUGGCCAUCGUAGGAAUAGUAUAGACGAAGAAUUUUCUGGGAGAAUAAAAAAUAUCGAGGACAAACUGAAGGGAUCCACACCGUCCGAAAAGAAACCCAGGGAUCUUCUGCGUGCCAUUGGCAAGAUCGAGAAGACUGAUUGGAACGUAAAGGAGAUCGAAAAGAAAAUCGAGGAGAAUAAGAUGGGUCGUUCCGUCCGACACGAUAAAAUAGAACGCGUGCCGAAAUGGAGUCGAGAACAGAUGCGUAUAUGCUUCAUUCAGUUUUUAGCUCGACAAAUCAAGAUGGAGAAGAAGGGGCGGGAUCAGAAGGAUAUAGAUAGUAAGUAUGCUGAUAUUGACAAUACCCUGAAGAGUAUAGACAGGAAGAUCAAAGAGGGUAAUGUGCUCGGGUACAAUAAAGUCUCAGCUAUGGCUGAGCAAUUUUCGAAUAAAAGUCAAGACACGGAACCCAAGGUGCAAAAAUCGAAUAUUAAACCAACGAUAACGUUACCUACUCAAGGAGGUGCGGAGGUGUGUCAUUUCUGCAACAAGAGAGUUUAUUUGAUGGAGAGACUUAGCGCUGAAGGGAAAUUUUUCCAUCGAGGCUGUUUCCGCUGUGAAUAUUGCUCUACCUCGUUAAGAAUAGGAAACCAUACAUUCGAUCGGGACAAAAACGGGGGACGAUUUUAUUGCACGCAACACUUUGGUUUCCCGGGAACGAUAAAAGCUCGCUCGGAGAAGAAGAAACUUACGUUGAAUAAGGAGAAUAUACCCAAUACGGCUGUAAACUUAAAAAUAACGGAAAAGACGAAGAUACCUUUGGAGGGCGUUGUUGGGCUUGAUUUGCUCGAUCGUGGUCAAACGCCUGAGAGAAUAGAAUUUGAAAAUUUGGCGGGCAUAUCGGAUGCAGAAGAACCCCAAAGUCAAAUGGACGAGGAUGAAUGGACUGAUAGAAAUUUUGGUGCUUCCACUGCAGAAAUGGGUUCCAGCGACGAUAUUUCGGAUAUGAGUGAUUCGAAUGACGAUAACGAAGUAUACGAGGAAGCAAUCGAUCAGCCACUGACAACCGAAGGAACUCUCGAGCUUGCUAAAAAUUGGACGUUACGGUAUUCUUACCCUCAUGCUACGCUGGGACAGUCUGAUACAGGAAGCAACGAGUACGAAGAUUCCAGCGACGAAUACACCAACGAAGACGAUGAGAGUACAACUGCCACGGAAGACGAAGAAGAAAUACGCGCAAGAGAGCUCAGGAAGCAAGAAGUUUGGCUGAAGCAUCCUGCUCGCAGUUCCGGUACGGACACUGGUUCAGAAACGGAGGUUGCCUCCAACGAUGGUACGUCGGAAGAAAGCGAGGAGAACUCGGCCACAGAGAUAUCAACUGACUCUGAAUUCGAGCAUGACGGUGCAACCCCUACUCAACACGAGAUACCGGAAAUCACGAUCAACGAUUCGUUCGUCCGUAAGACGCGAGGGAAUUACGCGGAGCCCAAGAAAGUUCAAGUGAAGAGCAAGGUCAUCUCAUCGUUCAAUGGCAAUCUGAAGCAAGAGAAAGACACAGGCGCAAAGCCGCAAUUUAAAAAAACCGUGAAUCUUCCUCAAACAGAAAAGGAAGGUAGCUCAAAUUUGGUAGGGUCCAAUCAUGUGAACCGAGUACCAUUGAUGAAUCCACGCAAGGGCGAUUAUUUAUUGAACCGAACUCACUCCACGGAAGGUAUCGCCUCGAAAUUGUCGUUGGAGCUUAAAAAGAAGUAUUUACUGGGUGGCACGGCUUUCGGUGGUUCAGUUAUGAAGUCUGGAUCGGCGUCGAACGUGGACACUCAGCUACGAAACCUAACGGACGCGAUCUCUCAGCAUCAGAAGCUGUUGAACCCAGCUCCAGAGCCAAGUCCAACGAUGCAAGCGUUCUUGAAAGGGACUAACAUCAACAAUCUGCGAUCCAACAAUACUCAAUUCUCACCGAUAUCGCCUACAGCUCCGUUCUCCUCGACUCCGAUACGGCCGUACACUGCCAACGAACGUUCGUCCCAGAAUUCAGUGAACAAUGACAAUCCCACGUACAAAGGUAGCAUCAUACUUGAAAUAUCGAAGACCCAUUUGCCAGACUUGGUGAAAGAGUCCAGUAUCCUGAAGUCAAAGACUGCCCCCAACAUCGUCUGUAGCGAGUCUAAGAACGCGGCGGACAAAGAACCGGCGAAGGAACAAGUAACACCUAGUCAAGUGAACGAUACGGACACGUUGGAGAACGCGAAGAACUCGCAAAAUGCGGACGAGACCAACGGUUUUCGACCACGGAGCCCGUUGCACGAGAUCUCCAUAAUCGUGCCGCAAGUGGAUUGGGGCAAGAACAAGGAGACGACGAAAGAAGCUAGCAGCGGGGACUCGGAGAUAGACAGCGAUUCUUUGUCCUCCAGCGACGGUGAAGCGGAGGAAGGUGCGCAAGACCAGCAACUGGUUGCUGCGAAUCUGUCCCCGCCGCGAUUGCAAAUUCACAGCACAGAGGGGCAUCUGCUGUUGGACGAGGAGGCUGACAAAUGCAGAGACUUCGACGACGGCCAAUCGUUCGAACCCGACUCUAUAGAAUGUUCGCUGUUACAAAACAAGGUAAAAUUCACUCAGGAUUCGAUUCCAUGCGAGAACAAUACGUCGGCGGAGCUGGAAAUGGUGAAGAAUGAGAUCGAGCGGCUGGAAUUGCAGGACGACGGAAAGCAGAGCAAUUGCAGCAGUCCCACGUCGGUGGCCUCUGCCAUAUCCAAUAAACACGACGAUUCCGAAGAGAACGAUUUAACCACAGCGGCGCUCACCGAAACCGAAUUCUCGGAAUGGGCUCGCGACGGCGAGGUCUUGGUCUCGGACGAUUUACGGGACGUCGAGUUCAACAUCAACCCGGAAUUCAUAACCACGAGAAGAAAGACCACGUUGUCCGAUUCCACCAAAUUGGAAUAUCCCCCGAUCACGAUAGCCAAAGAGGAAGACCUGACGGACCAGGACUUGGAUUCUUUCAAAUUUGAUAGAAAGAUAGACGUUCCAUCUAACGAUACUUCGAAGCUUCUGGCUAACGGCGAGAACAUAGAUUUUAUGGACACGGACAACGACUCGCUGUUGGACGAUAGUUUGCAAGACGCUUCUAACAUGGUGAUGCUCAAGAACAGGGGCUACGUCGAAUUUGUAAAUAUUAAAAGCACGUCGACGCCUGUCGGUAGUUCGCGGGAGAAAUUAUUUGCUGAUGCGCCGAUAGCGAAAUUAGAUCUAGAGAAUGACUCGUGCUCGGAAGAGGAGGCGUACAAUGAUAGGAAUGUGAUAGAAAUAAAUCCAAUCACGAUGGACGAUGUAAAGAACAGGUUGAACGGUAGUGCAAAGACAGCAGAGACAGAAGUAAACAGAGAUAUGAAUUUGAAUAGCGGGCAGCAGGACGAGCUAGUCACGGAAGCAGUAAACAAGGAACUAUUCCAAUCAAUGGAGGAGGAUAGUUUAUUGAUCGUCGAGCCAGCCGAAGAUACCACUACCAGCGAAGUAAUUACGAUUCUAGCUAGUCCUGUCAAUCCACAAGUUUCGAUAGUUCCAGCUGUAACUCAAGGACCAAGCCAGGAGGAGCCGACAAAAAUAGCGGUAGAUUUUAGCAAUCUGGAUUACUUGGAAUACGUGAAGCGUUUACAAUCCAGAAUCGCUGAAUUCAGCAACGCCAAAGACUCUAUAGAUAUCAGGAAAUCAAAAAGAAAGAACUCGAAGAGUUCUCUGCAAUCCCGUACCGCUGAAAUGAUAGCAGAGGAGAUCAAGUGCCAGGAAACAGCAGUAAACAAUAGUUUUAAUUCUCCGGUCACCUCUAGGAAGCUGGAAGAAAUUACGAGAGAGAGAUCGAAGCAAAAGAAUGUGAUACAAGAUUUGCUGAUGGACAAACUGGAAGCUCACAAACAGAAAUCCGCGGAGAAGAAAGCAAGAAGAGCUGCUAGAGCCUCCUCCUUUAAUUCCACGCCCGCUUUGUCGCCAAUAAGACCACCUGUUCCCAAUGUUUCGCCUGUUAAUAAAUUUGUACCCACGUCCAUAACACCGACAAACAGUCCUCUGCGAACCACUUUCGCUGAGACAAAGAAGUUACAGGAAAUGGAAGCGUCUCAAGAGUUUCAACAGUUCCCUUGGAAGUUGGAGACUGAAAAAGAUAUAAAUGAUAAAAAGAAUAAAAAUGAAAUGAAAUCUCCUGAGAAUAUCGCGUCGAUUAAAACGGAUAACGAGAUUGGAAAUAUGUUUAAAACGCCGAUUGCUCCGCCCAGAUUGAAGCACGAGGAGGCGAAGAGGACAGCGGAGAAGGCAAGGCAAGAUGCUAGAGAAAGAGCCAGACUGAUGAGCGAUGAAGAUUUGGGUCUCAGUCCUGAGGACAAGAUCAAGGAACUGAGAAUGAAAGUGGCGCGAAGACAGCUUUCGAUGGAAGAAAGGAGAAGUAAAAAGGAGACGCAACCAGAACCCAGAACAAGAUUUUACAGCACCGGGGCAAACAAAACUGGAUUGAAACUGCAGACGAGCAAGAGUACGGAUAAUAUGAAGGCUGUGGCAGAAGCAAUCAAUUUUGGAGGUUUAACUACUGCGAAUGCUAAAUCGAUGGAUGAACUAAUGCACCCUAUUGGUUCUCCAAAAUCAAAUAACCCUGCUAUUGUUCUGAAACGAGACAAAAAACAAAAACCUAAGGAUCCGGAAAGAAGAAAGAGCAUUAUUCAAGCAGUGUCGGACUUCUUUUUCAAGAAAGAACCCUCUUCUUCGCCAACCAAUCAAAAAGACAAGUUGUCUAUGUUCCGUCUGACAUCUAAAUCAAAAGGCAAAUUAUAUAAAUCGUAUUCGGAAGGGUCAGAUCUCGAUAAAGUCGCAACGCCAAAGAUUACUACAAGACCUAAGAGUGUUUGCGAGGGUAUGCUCGCGAGAAACUUCUUAAGCGAAAAUCCACCACCAAUUCCACCACCCCCACUGAACUAUACUAUUUCUACUACACAAGCAUCAGACGAUAGUUUAUCAGAAGAUGAUACAAAGACGGCAGCAGUGUCAACAUCGUGUAUGCAGAAGGCAACAGUCACAGAAGGAUCGUGCAAUAGUAUUUCCCGUAAAUCAAAAACUACAAAACGGAUAGCUAGACAAGCGCAAUUAAAAAGGUUACGCAUGGCUCAAGAAAUACAAAGAAAACUGGAAGAAACGGAAGUUAAACAGAAAGAAUUAGAAAGUAGAGGUGUCAGCGUUGAGAAAGCUCUUCGUGGAGAAGGAGAAUGUUCCGAUCGAGAGGAAGCAGAUUUACUUAGGGAAUGGUUUGAUCUCAUGAAAGAACGAACGGAAUUGCGUAGAUACGAAAAAGAACUUUUGGUACGAGCUCAAGAGGUCCAGCUUGAAGAUCGCCAUGAAAGAUUACAACAAGAAUUGCGAGAACGUUUAGCUGACGAUGAUAACAAGAAGACAAGUGCCGAUGUGAAAAAGGAAGGAGAAAUUUUAACAGAAAUGUUGGAGAUCGUCGCGAAGCGAGAUUCGCUCAUUGCCCUUUUAGAAAAAGAGCGACAAAGGUAUCAAGAUGAAGAUCGCGACCUUGAAGCUCAAAUGUUGGCUAAAGGCCUCAGAUUAACGCCAAUAAAAAAAUGUGGUCCUAAGUAUUCAGUUUAAUAGGUAUCGCAUUAUUGUACAUAUACUCCAUUCUAUAUUUUCAUUAAUGAAUUUUAACGAAUAAUUAAAUUAAUUAUACUGUAAAUAAAAUGGUAGAUAGUAACUUAUACAGAGCGAAGCGUAAGUUACAUGUAGAUUUUCAUGCAUAACGAAAUACAGGGUGUCUCAGCUAAUUUGUUAUAAUACAUCUCCGUUACCGUUGAAUGAAACAGAAAUCUUUUUAAUUUAUCGUAACUUAAUGUGAAAGUCAUUCCAUUAUACGCAAUUUAAUUUGCAUUAACCUCAGCUAUUAUAUGAUAUAAUAAUAAGAAUAUACAGUCGCGUUAAAAAAAUAUCGAUGAACUUGUCUUGCAAAAUAUGAACUUGUAGAAUGUUUAUUUUAAUAAAUUACAAUUUGAGCGACGUUAUACGUAUUCUUUUACAAAAAAAAUGAUUGUGCCCUUUCGAAUCAAAAAACUUGCUCCUCAAGAAUUCUUGUGUAUCAUUAACGGUAACAAAAAUAUCACCUUAUGACAGAGUUAGUGAAACACCCUGUAUACAGGGUGUUUGGCCACCCCUGGGAAAAAUUUUAAUGGAAGAUUCUAGAGGCCAAAAUAAGACGAAAAUCAAGAAUAGCAAUUUGUUGAUUGAGGAUUUGUUAAAAAGUUAUUAACGUUUAAAGUUACGCCUGUGAGACGCUAGCGCACGCAGCUGUGCGCAGGUUGCCUAUCUACAGGCGGAAUUUUAAACGUUAAUAACUUCUUAAAGAAGCCUCAAUCAACAAAUUGAUAUUCUUGAUUUUCGUCUUAUUUCGGCCUCUAGAAUCUCCCAUUAAAAUUUUUCCCAGGGUUGGUCGAACACCCUGUAUAUUGUAUUAUAAAUCUUUCAUCGCAUAUGAACGAGUCACGCAUACUAAUUUUUACAAUUAUGGACCAAACGUUCCGUUUUAACAUUUUAAAUUGUCUAGAGCGAAUUUUAAUUUUGAAUCGUACACGUAUGUUUCCGAAAGUCUUCGUUCGUUUACAGUAUACAUAUUUUCUGUACUACAUAUAUCGUGCAUUUAUAAAUUGCCCUUCGCACGUGGAAUUGUAUUAAACAUUAACUUCUAUCGCUUAAAACUUAAGGUAAAACUAAUCACGAGUAACAGUAUCGAUGCUAGUUAUUUAUACGAUCGUAACGAAGAUUAUUGCACAUAUAUUGUGCAUAUCUGUACAGAAACACAAUGUGACAUACGGAUUUGAAGAAAAUUUUGUGAAUACAUAUAUAUAUAUAUAUAUAUAUAUUUUAUCACUGCAAAGUAUCGACCAUACUUACGAAAUAAUUUAUCACACAGAAGAACAUUCUGCCUUUUCAUGUAAAUCAAUCAAAAUGUAAUCAUUGUGUUAUCCAGUGAUGACUUGUUGGCUAGGCACCAGCAAACUAAACGAGGCAAGGGCAAGGAGAGAAGGUCUACGCGCCGCCUUAUUCCCACUACAGAGGCCCCCUCUGACGUAACACUGCAUAGUAGUAGGGUCUCGACCAAUAGGGUGAGCGACUCGGCCAAUGACAAUGCGUGUGAGAGCAGGCUAUUACACGACGGCCAAUCGGCGUGCCUAGCCAACAAGUCAUCUCUGUAUGGUACAUGAUUAUAUCACGAUCGUGUUUGAAUCAUAUACACGAUUAUUACAGACACAAAAUGUAUUUUGCAAUGUAGCAGAGUGACUAAAGAAGAAGUGAUAUAGUAAAUAUCUUUUGCAUAUACACACGAACGAUAUGUAUAUUCUAUAAUUCAAUAAGAUGUAUAAAUCUAUUUUUAUGUUCACAAAGAGACUGGCGAUGAGAGUGUAUGAAAAAAAUUAUGAGAUACUAAUAAGUCCACGAACGUGUAAAGUUUUGUAUGAAAUGUAACCACAGUUGGAAAAUGAACUUAUAUUUACAAUUAGACGAAGAUUUUAAAAAAUCAGCCUCCAAUUUCCUUGUUCUGUUCAAUAUACACAAUACUUUACACCAUCUAUUACAUUGAAGCAAGCUGCCA